CGGGCAGGCAGCCUCCUGCAGUCGGAGGUGAUGAUGCCUCCUCCUCGGCUGGAUGGAAGGUACGAGGUGGUGUACAAGGUGGAAUGUACAAGGUCGCACCUGUCUCCAAAGCGCUGAUUUUUGCCACACAUUUAUUGGAAAACGCUGGCUUCUGGAAGAGAGAGCAACACGGGGGCGGAACGAGUUUGGCGUGCGAAUCGCUUGACUUUGAACCUGGACGGACAACAAGAAGCAGCAUUUGGCCGAAUGAUUUUUAGCCGCAGUGCCAGACUGGAUCACCAUUACAUACUGGAUCAUCAUCAUGUCUAGAAUACAGCUGCACAAAGGCGUGGUGGAGGUGAAAAGUAAGUUUGAAGCAGAAUACCGUCGCUUCGCUUUCAAGAGGAACUGCCCAGGUGGCUUCCAGGAGUUUUACAGCCUCCUUCAAACUAUACAUCGCAUCCAUGAUGUCGACAUGCUAUUGGGAUACGCCGAUGACUCUGGGGACCUCCUUCCAAUCAACAAUGAGGACAACUUUCACAAAGCUGUCAUGUCAGCAAAUCCCUUGCUUCGCAUUAUCAUAACCAAGAAAGAGGAUGAGCCUGCACCUUUUCCAGACAACCCCCUCCAGAGGCGUAAAAAAGGCUUAGGUCUGUCAGUACUCCGUACCAAUGGCUCAUUGUCCAUCCACUCAAAGAACAAACUUGGUCGCAUGAUUAGCCUACCACAGAACUUCCGUCAAAUUUCAUCAAUCAUUGACGUGGAUAUCUUACCUGAGACACAUCGGCGCGUGCGGCUCCACAAGCAUGGCACCCAUAAACCACUGGGCUUCUAUAUCCGAGACGGGGUCAGCGUGCGAGUGACGCCACAAGGUGUCGAAAAGGUUCCAGGAGUGUUCAUAUCUCGCCUGGUGCGUGGUGGUCUUGCAGAGAGCACAGGCCUCCUGGGACUUAAUGAUGAAAUCCUCGAGGUCAAUGGCAUCGAUGUUACAGGAAAAUCAUUGGAUCAGGUAACAGACAUGAUGGUGGCCAACAGCCACAAUCUUAUUGUGACAGUGAAGCCAGCUAACCAGAGGAACAAUGUGAUACAUCGCGGGAGUCGAACCUCCGUGGGAAGUUCUAUUUCUUUUGGCCUAAAUGGAUCUACAGGCUCCGCUCUUUUACAUGAUUCAACAAGUCCCACUUCCCAGAGCAACCUCAUCACUGCAAGCAGCAGUACUGCAGAGGGCGACAGUGAUGAAGAAGAUGACGACGACGAUUGCGAUCUAAUUGUGGAAAACGAGCGUUUGAUGUUUCCUGAAUGUCAUGGGCUCGCCAACAGCAACAACGUGUACAGCAGCAGUGAAAUAUUGCAGGAUGGUCCUGCGAUGAGGACCCUUCAACAGAGCGUCUCCAUGCCUGAAUAUAUUACGUCUGCCCUGACAGAUAGAGCCAUGGUGAUGUCCAGUCCUUAUGGGCACAGCUGAUGAUGUAUACACACACUUCAGUCCCUAUGGACACAGCUGAUGAUGUAUACACACACUUCAGUCCCUAUGGACACAGCUGAUGAUGUAUACACACACUAAUACCUAUCUCUGUAUCAGCAACAUCCCAAUGUACAUUUGCCAAGGUGACAAAUUUUUAUGUGUUUGGUGGUUCACCUUUAAAAACCGCCGGACGGCUUGGUGGUUGCUAUGGUAACCGACAUGUGUACCAAGAAAACUGUCAACAAAAAGCUCAUGUGAUUUUAGGAAAACAGAAAACAAUUCAAAAUAGAAACGCUCUUGCAUAGUGCAGACCUCCACCAAAUAGUAAAAAAAAAAAAUAUCUUUUAAGGCCUACUGAAAUGAAAUUUUCUUAUUUAAACGGGGAUAGCAGAUCCAUUCUAUGUGUCAUACUUGAUCAUUUCGCGAUAUUGCCAUAUUUUUGCUGAAAGGAUUUAGUAGAGAACAUCGACGAUAAAGUUCGCAACUUUUGGUCGCUGAUAAAAAAAGCCUUGCCUGUACCGGAAGUAGCGUGACGUCACAGGUUGAAGGGCUCCUCACAUUUCCCCAUUGUUUACACCAGCAGCGAGAGCGAUUCGGACCGAGAAAGCGACGAUUACCCCAUUAAUUUGAGCCAGGAUGAGGAUGAGGAACGUAAGAGUGAAGGACUAGAGUGCAGCGCAGGACGUAUCUUUUUUCGCUCUGACCGUAACUUAGGUACAAGGGCUCAUUGGAUUCCACACUUUCUCCUUUUUCUAUUGUGGCUCACGGAUUUGUAUUUUAAACCACCUCGGAUACUAUAUCCUCUUGAAAAUGAGAGUCGAGAACGCGAAAUGGACAUUCACAGUGACUUUUAUCUACACGACAAUACAUCGGCGAAGCACUUUAGCUACGGAGCUAACGUGAUAGCAUCGUGCUUAAAUGCAGAUAGAAACAAAAGAAAUAAACCCCUGACUGGAAGGAUCGACAGAAGAUCAACAAUACUACCAAACACUGGACCUGUAACCACACGGUUAAUGCUGCCCAACCUGGCGAAGCCUAGCAAUGUUGUUGCUAACGACGCCAUUGAAGCUAACUUAGCUACGGGACCUCGACAGAGCUAUGCUAAAAACAUUAGCUAUCCACCUACGCCAGCCCUCAUCUGCUCAUCAACACCCGUGCUCACCUGCGUUCCAGCGAUCGACGGCGCGACAAAGGACUUCACCCGAUCAUCGAUGCGGUCGGCGGCUAGCGUCGGAUAGCGCGUCUGCUAUCCAAGUCAAAGUCCUCCUGGUUGUGUUGCUGCAGCCAGCCGCUAAUACACUGAUCCCCCCUUCAGCUUUCUUCUUUGCAGUCUCCAUUGUUCAUUAAACAAAUUGCUAAAGAUUCACCAACACAGAUGUCCAGAAUACUGUGGAAUUUUGCGAUGAAAACAGAGCUUUUUGUGAUACAAUGUGUCCGAAUACUUCCGCUUCAACCAUCGACGUCACGCGCAUACGUCAUCAUACAUAGACGUUUUCAACCGGAAGUGUGGCGGGAAAUUUAAAAUUGCACUUUAUAAGUUAACCCGGCCGUAUUGGCAUGUGUUGCAAUGUUAAGAUUUCAUCAUUGAUAUAUAAACUAUCAGACUGCGUGGUCGGUAGUAGUGGCUUUCAGUAGGCCUUUAACAUCUGCGUCUUACAACAACUCCUGAUUCAAUUCCUCUUCAAUUCAAACCGAUUCUCACCAUAUUUCAGAAAAAUAAUAUCCAUCCAUUACCUACCGCUUGUCCCUCUCUGGGUCGCGGUAUUUUUACAAUGUAUUAUAUGCUAUAUUUAUUGUGAUAAAACUUUUUCAAAACCGGUUCCAAGUUACAAAAACUCCUCUUAGCUGUGGACGAAUGGUCUAUAGGCGGGCAUGGUCUACUAAAACUAUUUUGUGGACCAUGAUUCUUGAACAUUUUCAAUCAUAAGUAGGAAUAGCAAUAUGAAUGUUAAAGCAACAGCUAUAAAAGUGUUAAUAUCUUUCUCCCCUUACUUUGAUAUCAAGAUCUUCCAAGUCGACCUUGUAUCUGUAUAGAACAUUUAUUUCAUUGACAUGUCUUUGGAUCAAAAGGGUCUAUAGCGCUUACACGCUGCAUGGAUACGUCACAUGGAUUUGAACCCCAGGAUGCAGAGCAAGGAGGGAAAAGUACAGGCAAGACAGAAAGACCCCGAGCCCGGGGUCCAACCUAGGACCUUCUUAUUGUGAGGCACACGCACUACACCCUGUUCCACCGUGCUGCCCCGUUACGACAGUGAAACCUGUUUGAAAAAGGUAUGUCAUUUGUAUAACAAAAUAUUUUGGCAUAUAAUCAAGAAUUGAUUGUGAUCCCAAUAGUCACCUCAAGAAUCGGAGUUGUUGUAAGAUUCACAUUCCUAUUAAAUGUUUGUCUACGUCCGUUUUAAUUUAGGUUUUAGAGUGUUUUUUUAUUGACAAAGGAUGCUUCACUUCCAGUUUGUGAUGUCACUUCCUGUCCAUCCAUGUUCAUAAUGUUUACAUCUGUCAUGAGAGAGUACAGCCUCUAGGUUCAUUGUGCACAAUACAUAAAGUCCAUCCAUUCGUUUUCUACCGCUUGUCCCUUUUGGGGUCGCGGGGGGUGCUGGAGCCUAUCUCAGCUGCAUUCGGGCGGAAGGCGGUGUACACCCUGGACAAGUCGCCACCUCAUCACAGGGCCAACACAGAUAGACAGACCACAUUCAUACACUAGGGACCAUUUAGUGUUGCCAAUCAACCUAUCCCCAGGUGCAUGUCUUUGGAGGUGGGAGGGGCCUAUCCCCAGGUGCAUGUCUUUGGAGGUGGGAGGGGCCUAUCCCCAGGUGCAUGUCUUUGGAGGUGUGUUUAUACAAAUUGAGUUAAAAGUAUUUUGUGUCUUAUUGGGAAAAAAACAGUGUCUCGUGUUUAUUUUAGGAUUAAAGCGAGCAAGCGGUUUUAUGGAAGUGUGGUUAUCAAUGACAGUUUAACAAUCAUUUUCAUGUGAAACUGUAACACUAACCAUGGGUAGUUUUACUGCAGUUUAUAAUUAAUGGUUACAUCCUUAAGUUACCCAAAAUCUCAGUUUUCAAGGACAAAAAUCACAUGUGUUUAAAAUAUGUGCCUUUAAGUGACUCCGUGUUUUGCAUCAAAUACCCAAAUACCUGGAAAGAAUGUUCACAUGUUGAGCCUGCUGGCUGUCAUUUGAUUUAGUCAAAUCUGUCUUUUUUUAAAAAUUUGUUUUAAUCUACCAAUACCUUCUUUUGUUUGAGAUUAUAAAGGAAACUAUUUUUAUUUGCAUAAUUCAGAGUAUAAUUAUAUAAUAUAAUAAUUUGAAUCUAUUGUAUGGUGGAAGUCUGAGUGGAUGAGUCAGAAAAAUAAGCAGAUUGUUUUGUUGAUUAAUGAAUCUGAAAUUGAAUGAAAUUAAAUAAAAAGUCUAUU